UCACCAGGGAUUCCGCGAGCGAUUCCAGAUUAUGCGCAAAACACCGGUACAGAAUCCACCUCUGAAAAGUCGAAGAUAAUCAAAUUUGAUGUGGCAGACGCGCGCACUGUGAAGGUUGGAAUACAGCACUGAGUCCGACUGACCAAAGCAGGGGCAGAAGGAAUACAGUAACAAGAGCUGCUUUCUAACUAAAGCCGACAACCAUGCAUCUUCUGUUUUGGGGACUUUGGUUUCUAGUAUUACUAUUCGACUUCUUGAAUGUAGUAGCAAUAACAGGAGGAUCGCAGUUAAAUUCAAGAAAAGAAAAACUACUUGAGCAGUUUGGUGCAUUUGAGAUUGUAACUCCGACGCGAGUGACUGAAGCCGGUGACAAAUUCCCUACAAGCGUGCACUUCAAAAGGAAAAAAAGGAGUGUUGUUGAUACAGCGAACAACGGUUCAGAUCAGUGGACCUCUUCGCACAUUCAUUAUAGAAUAUCAGCUUUUGGGCAGGACUUCCACCUCAACCUUACACAUGAAUCCGGAUUUAUUGCGCCUCUUUACACAGUUACUAUACUCGGAGUACCCAGCAGAGAUAACCUAACGGAUUCUUUACCCGAGGGGGACGUGGAGGAGGACACAGAGUUUCAGCAUUGUUUUUACAAAGGACAUGUCAAUGCAAAAACGGAACACACCGCCGUUAUCAGCCUGUGUUCCGGAAUGCUUGGCACUUUUAGGUCUCCAGAAGGUGAAUACUUUGUGGAGCCCCUUCACACCUAUAAUGGCAAAACUUAUGAAGAAGAACGGCACAAACCUCAUGUUGUAUACAGAAAAGACGCUCCCCAGAAGGACAGCACUGAGGAUGGGAAUGCAUGUGUCACUUCAGGACACAAGCCCAGGCAGAGGAGACACAGAGAUCGGGCGAAGAGGAGGGGUGCUCCCGGCGGUAUGCUAGCCGAUCUGGAAAGUUUAAGCGCAAGCUUCUCCUCGCAUCCUUUCUCCGGGACAGAAAAUAAGCAGAGGGCUAAUGACAGCAGCGAUUCAGGACCGCACAGAAGAUCAAAGCGUUUCCUGUCCUAUCCACGCUUCGUGGAAGUCAUGGUGGUGGCAGACAGCAAAAUGGUGGAACAUCACGGGAGCAACCUCCAGCACUACAUACUCACGCUCAUGUCCAUUGUUUCUUCCAUCUAUAAAGAUCCAAGCAUUGGGAAUUUAAUCAAUAUCGUCAUCGUGAAAUUGGUUAUUAUAAAUAGUGAACAGGAGGGUCCCGUUAUUUCAUUUAAUGCACAGACCACUUUAAAAAACUUCUGCAUAUGGCAGCAAACUCAAAACCACCCCGACGAAAGCCACCAUUCGCAUCACGACACGGCCAUCCUCAUCACCAGACAGGAUAUCUGUCGGGCCCGAGAUAAGUGUGACACUUUAGGUCUGGCAGAGUUGGGCACUGUGUGUGAUCCUUACAGGAGCUGCAGUAUCAGUGAAGACAACGGUCUUAGCACUGCUUUCACCAUUGCUCAUGAGCUGGGCCAUGUGUUUAACAUGCCUCACGACGACAGUAACAAAUGCAAGGAGGACGGUGUGAAAAACCAGCAGCACGUGAUGGCACCGACCUUAAACUACUACACCAACCCCUGGAUGUGGUCCAAAUGCAGCAGGAAAUACAUCACAGAGUUCCUCGACACAGGGUAUGGUGAAUGCUUGCUCGAUGAGCCCGUAUCCAGUUCCUACAGUCUUCCCCAGCAGCUCCCUGGACGCAUAUACAACGUUAAUAAACAGUGUGAACUGAUAUUUGGGCCCGGAACGCAGGUGUGCCCAUAUAUGAUGCAGUGUCGAAGGCUGUGGUGCACCAGUCCAGAAGGGGCCCAGAAGGGCUGCCGGACUCAGCACAUGCCCUGGGCGGACGGAACCGAGUGCUCCCAGGGAAAGCACUGCAAGCAUGGCCUGUGUAUCACCAGGGAACAUGAUCCCACCCCCAUUGAGGGGGCGUGGGGGGUGUGGAGCCCAUUCGGAACCUGCUCACGGACUUGUGGCGGGGGCAUCAAGAUGGCUGUGCGAGAAUGCAACCGGCCCGUGCCCAGAAAUGGCGGAAAGUACUGCGUGGGCCGCAGGAUGAAGUUCCGCUCCUGCAACUCUGAGCCCUGCUCCAGACAGAAGAAGGACUUCAGGGAGGAGCAGUGUGGUGCCUUCGAUGGCCGGCACUUCAACAUCAAUGGUCUACCUCCAAACGUGCGCUGGGUCCCCAAGUACAGCGGAAUUCUGAUGAAGGACCGGUGCAAGCUGUUCUGCAGGGUGGCCGGGAGCACGGCCUACUACCAGCUCAGGGACAGAGUGACGGACGGGACCCCCUGCGGACCAGACACCAACGACAUCUGUGUCCAGGGCCUCUGCAGGCAAGCAGGAUGUGACCAUGUGCUGAACUCCAAAGCACGGAGAGACAAGUGCGGAGUGUGCGGGGGUGACAACUCCUCGUGCAAGACUGUAGCAGGCACAUUCAACAUUGUUCACUAUGGAUAUAACGUUGUCGUGCGUAUUCCCAGUGGUGCUACAAAUAUUGACGUGCGACAGCAUAGCUACUCAGGGAAGCCAGAGGACGAUAACUACCUCGCCAUUUCCAACAGCCGGGGGGAGUACCUGCUCAAUGGGGAGUUUGUGGUCAGCAUGUUUAAAAGGGAAAUUAAGGUCGGAGAAGCUAUAUUAGAAUACAGCGGCUCUGACCACGUCAUUGAGAGAAUUAACUGCACUGACAGAAUAGACGAGGAGAUCGUCAUCCAGGUGCUUUCCGUGGGUAACCUGUAUAACCCAGAUGUCAGGUUCAGCUACAACAUUCCUAUUGAGGACAAGCCGCAGCAGUUCUUAUGGGAUGCCUAUGGCCAAUGGCAGGAGUGCAGUAGGCUAUGCCAAGGGGAGCGUAAGAGGAAGAUUCUGUGCAGCCGUGAGUCGGACCGCGUGGUGGUGUCUGACCAGAGGUGCCACAGCUCUCCCCGUCCGCCCGUCAUCACUGAGCCCUGCAACAUGGACUGUGAAAUCAGGUGGCAUGUAGCGCGGAAGAGUGAGUGCUCUGCGCAGUGUGGACCGGGCUAUAGGAGCCUGGAGAUUCAAUGUGCCAAGCACAGCCAGGUCGAUGGAAAGGCCCAGAAGGUGGAUGACCGCUACUGUAGCAACCAGCAUAAGCCUGACGAUCAGGAGCCCUGCAACGGAGACUGUAACCCGGGGGGGUGGGAGUACACGUCGUGGUCAAAGUGCUCGAAGAGCUGUGGAGGCGGCCUGCAGCGUCGGGGGGCGGUGUGCGGCAAGUCGGGAGAGUCAGGACACGACGACAGCCAGUGCAACCAGCGGGAAAAACUCGUCGUCCAGCCCUGCAACGACUUCCAGUGCCCGCAGUGGAAGAGCGGGGAUUGGUCCGAUUGCCUGGUGACUUGUGGCAAAGGGCACAAGCAUCGGCAGACGUGGUGUCAGUUCGGGGAGGAACGUCUGGACGACAGGUUCUGCGAGUUGCCCAAGCCGGAGUCCGUCCUGGCCUGUCAGCAGCAGGAGUGUGCCUCGUGGCAGGUUGGACCUUGGGGACAGUGCACGACCACUUGCGGCCCAGGCUAUCAGAUGAGGGCGGUGAAAUGUGUGGUUGGAUCGUACGGGACAGUCAUGGAGGACACGGACUGUAACGCAGCUACCAGACCCACCGACACCCAGGAUUGUGAAUCCGCACAGUGUGCCAUCGCUCAGCCCGUCAGCCCCGACACAAAGGCACACAUUUACCCUGGUCACGUGACCCAGUGGCGCUUCGGAUCCUGGACGCAGUGCAGUGCAACGUGCGGCAAAGGGACGAGGAUGCGCUACGUGAGCUGCCGGGACAGCCAGGGCGGCGUGGCCGAGGAGUCGGCCUGUGCCCACCUCCCCAAACCGCCAGCGCGGGAGGUGUGCAUGGUGGUGUCCUGCGGGCAGUGGAAGGUUCUGGAAUGGACACUGUGCUCGGUGUCCUGUGGCCUGGGCAAAGCCACGCGACAGGUGGUGUGUGUGAACUUCAACGAGCAGGUGGUGGACGUGAGUGAGUGUGACCCAGACGACCGCCCAGCGAGCGAGCAGGAGUGUGCCAUGUCCCAGUGCCCCACACGCUCCAGUGACCAUGGCAACUUCCCCACCAAUGGGGACCCGCGAAAGAGGCCUCCGCCCCACGGGUCCUCCGCGCGGAGCGGCCGAACUCAGGCGCAUCAGUGGAGGACCGGGCCCUGGGGAGCGUGCUCGAGCACGUGCGCGGGAGGCUUCCAGAGGCGCGUCGUCGUCUGUCAGGACGAGAACGGCUACACCGCCAACAACUGCGACGAGAGGUCGCGACCCCUGGAACAGCGCUCCUGCGAAUCCGGGGCCUGCCCGCAGUGGGUCUACGGGAACUGGGGAGAGUGCACCAAGCCCUGCGGAGGGGGGGUGAAGACGCGUCUGGUGGCGUGUCAGCGGCCCAACGGGGAGCGCUUUAACGAUCUGAGCUGCGAAAUUCUCGACAAACCUCCCGACAGAGAGCAGUGCAAUACUCAGUCUUGUCCAUCCAGCCCCCACUGGAGCGCGGACCCCUGGAGCUCGUGUUCCGUCUCCUGUGGGAAGGGACAUAAGUACCGUAACGUGACGUGUGUGACCCGGUCCGGAGCGUCCGUGGAGGAGGAGAGCUGCCAGCACCUGUCCCGCCCCAGCAAGCAGAGGCGCUGCCGCAGGGGGCGCUGCCCUCAGUGGAAGACAGGACACUGGGGAGAGUGCUCCUCAUCGUGUGGAAGAGGGCGGCAGCAUCGGGAGGUUUUCUGUCUGGUUGGAAACCGGCGCAGCCCUGGAGAGUCAGAGUGCCCGAGGUCCGCCCGUCCGGCAUCCAGCCAGCUGUGCCAGGCCGCAGAAUGCCCGGCGCGUUACAGGUGGAGGGAGAGUGAAUGGCAUGAGUGCAGUAAAAGCUGUGGAUCAGGCCUGAGGCGCAGAGCGGUUGUGUGUGUGGACCUGGGGGAGGAGGAGGUUCAUCAGAUGUACUGUAUGACCCAGAAAAAGCCAGCUGACUCAGAGAGCUGUAACCCACAGCCCUGUGAGUUUGUGUGGAUCACUGGGGAAUGGUCAGAGUGCCCAGUCAGCUGUGGACAGGGCUACCAGAGGAGGCUAGUGUCCUGCAGUGAGGUGCAUUCUGGGAAGGAUCAUUAUGAGUAUGGGUACCAGUCCUCCCCCAGUUGCCCUGGGACCCCUCCGGAGAGCGCCAAGGUGUGCAGCCUGCCCCCCUGUGCUGCUCCACAGACCUGGAGAGUGGGAAUCUGGGGACCGUGUUCGGUCACCUGUGGGGAGGGCGUGAUGGAGCGGUCGGUGCGGUGUGUUUCCUCCGGAAGUAGGGACGGCGAGCAGUGCCCGUCCCACACCAGGCCAGAGCAGCGCAAGGCCUGCAGCAGCCCUGCCUGCCAUUUGCCCACCAGCUGCAGGGACAUCCAGAGCCAGAAAGGCGUUUUGUCAGACGGAGAGCAGUUACUCAUUGUACAAGGAAAGCCACUUAAGAUCUACUGCGGAGGAAUGCGGUCACACCGUCCGCGGGAGUACGUCACGCUGAGGGCGGGCGACGCCGACAAUUUCUCCGAAGUCUUCGGCUUCAGGCUGAACAACCCCACCGAGUGCCCCUACAACGGCAGCCGGCGGGAGGACUGCCCCUGCAGGAGGGACUACACCGCCGCCGGACUGUCCACCUUCAGCAGGGUGCGGGUGGACCUCCUCAAGAUGCACAUCAUCACGACCGACUGGGAGUUUGCUUAUACCCGCGAGGGCCAGAGGGUCCCCUUCGCCACCGCGGGAGACUGCUACAGCGCCGCCAGGUGUCCGCAGGGUCGUUUCAGUAUCAACCUUUCUGGGACGGGUUUCCAGGUUGCUGAAGACACAAAAUGGGUUUCCCAAGGAAACUAUGCUGUUGCUGAUAUUCAUAAAUCAGAGGAUGGCAGCAGAGUGACAGGAAUGUGUGGAGGCUACUGUGGGAAAUGCACUCCAUCAUCUGGCUCCGGACUUAGAAUAAAAGUCAAGUAAUUUUACAGACAAAUUCAGAUAUCUUCAGGUGCUCUCCAUGUCCUGUGUUGCUUUCACUGGUGCUACGAAAUGAAGACUCCAUUUUGAAAUGGCCUAUGUUCCCCACAAUAUGUAAAUAUGUAAAUUAGCAGGUGUAAGUACUGUAUAUAACAUUUUGUACUGAAUAAUUUAUUAUACUCACAUUUAUUUUUGUAUUGUACAUUUAUUUAAGGGUUGUGCUUUAAACUGAAUACUGCAAACAAUACCGGUGUGGAACCAUUUGGCUUCCAGGGAACACCACGGGCCACACAUAGACUUUUUUGAAUGCUUAAUACUCCAAUCGCAUAAAACAGUGUUAAUGAAGGGAGAUAUCAGUGCUAUAUUGCCUGUUGGUUUUGUGUCAUAUUUUGUCCUGUACUGCGUUCUGUACGGAGGAUAGAGAAGCAGCGCUGUGUUCCUCCCAUGAUGCACUGCGUGGGGACUCUCCGGAGCAGAUGGCGUAGCGGGGAGAGCGGUACUGAAGGUGUACUGAACCGCAGCUCGCCCAUCAGUCAGGGUCAGCAGGGGCAGGACCGCAGGAGGCCGCAGCUGUUUGUGGGCCGGUUUAACCUGCCGAGGCGGCACCCUGAGGUGUGCCAGGGCCCCUUACCGCACCGCCACUUUCCGGUCACCGGUCACGGCGUCAUGAGGGAGAGCGAGGGAUGAGGGAAGGGAGGGGCGGAGGGGGAAGCGGAGAGAACAGGAGACGUGCAGCUCACUGUACGAGACGGCAGGCAGCGCACGCUGCCUCUGUAGACCGAGGCUCCUCCCGUGACUCGUCUGUUUGUGAAGAGCGGGAACACUUUGCCUGGCUGAUUUUUGAGUGCAGCACUCAUGCUUGUCUUGAAGGUUAAUGGCACUUCUGUCUGCUUCUUGCUCCUCUCCUUCCAUUGUAUUGCUAGGAUAUCUGGAGUGUUCACAACAAGGGUGGAGGGAUAGUGGGUGUGGAGGGUGUGCUUAUUUUAUUUCUGUAGGCCUUUUGUUAGCUGAUACUGCAGGCAGGGAGCAGAGCAAGAAAUUACCACUGUAGCCAUUUUGGACACAUUUCAGUGUUACCUGAUGUAGGAUUUCUUUUUCAUAGAAUGGUGUAUUCACCAAGUGUGCCCCUGAGAUGGAGAUAUGUAAUAUAUCAGAAUCACAGUCAGGGCAAAGGAGAUGGGCUCUUUCCAAUUGCUUUGGUUCACCUCCCUGCAUCCUUACCUUGUGUGCAGUCCUAGCUCCUGAGCUCCAUCAAAUUGAGGACACAGGGACAGGAUGACACAUGGAAAGGUAAAUCGAGGAAACGUGUAUUGGGAAAAUGGAACUUCCCUGCUUUUUCAAGUGUCAGUUUGAAGCCGUGUCAGUUACUUUGAUGGAUUUCUGGGUCAUUUAAGGAGACAGGGAGGGGUAUUAUAAGCAAUUGAAAUGAGCCUGAUAAGAGCUCAGUUUUGAGAUAAGUUGCUUCAGAUAAGACACAGGCCUCUGACCUAUGUUUUUACUGAUAUGGAAAUACAUAAUGCAGACAUUGGUAUGUGUCUGCAUUACGUGUUUGUUAUUUAGAGUAGCUUUGCUGAGGCCUGACAAUACACCUGAGCUCAAAAGUGAGAUAAAGUUUGCACAAACUGAGCGAUCAAAAUCUACAGGUAUUUCACCCUCUCAAUCAGUGUGCAGCAGAUAGUGAGUUUCAACCUGUGCGUCUUCCUGCAGUCUCUGUCUGUACGCGUGGGUCAGGUGUGAGAAUAUUUGUGCUCUCAGAAGAACAGGAAGCUUGUCCACCUUUCAUUCUGGCCUAGAGUUUGUUGUUAAGGUUGUUUUGUUCAGAAGAAGUCGGUUCAGGUGAAAAGUAAGCCCCUGCAUCCUUGGAAAUCUU